UACCAGCUUUUAAUGCAGCUAGAGCAAGGUGAAGAGACUUUAUCUGAUUGCCUCUGGCAUUUUCUCCAAAGCCACUUCUUUCUCAGUAGCAGAAAUAUCUUGCCCAAUUGGGAGGCAAUAAUUUCAAAGCAAGUAAAGGAAACUGCAGCUGCUCAGCUGAGUCAGCCAAAGACCUACAUUUUGGAACAGUCACAAGGAAGAAGUGUUUCUUUUCAGAGCCUGGAGCAGCCAGAACAAGGGUGUCCAUCACUUGGAUCGACUCUUGACAACUCUGGAAGCACUGAAAUGCAGCAGUCCAGAACAUUGCUCCUGCAUGAACAAAACCCAAACCUGGUCCCCAUGUGCCCACAGCAAAGCCCCCAGUUGCCCAGCAGCCCCCAUUGCAGCCCAGGAUCUGCAGAACUGCACAGAAACGCCACAAAAGCCCAGACACAGCAGAAAAGAAAGAAUCCUCCAUCUUUACUCUUCGCUUUCCCUUCCAGGUUUAGAAGCCCUCCUGUGUGCACAUGGAAGCCAAGGACUGUGUUCUUCAGCGUCUCAUGCUCUGAUGCACCUCCAGGCUGGCAACAACCUCCUCCUCCAAGUUCUUCCAAAAAGCACUUCAGCUUUUUGUGGAUUAUGGAUUUCUCCCCAAUCCUACAGCUGGCAGUAAUGGGAUGAACAUUACUGUGAAGAUUUUAUCCCCUUUGGAUCCCCAUAAGAGACCUGGGGCAAACCAAAGCAAUUUACAUUGAAUGCCACACACUGUCCCACUGUCCAUCUACAAGAUCUUGCCCUGACUGCC